CAUUACCAAAUACAUUAUGAAGCAUGUUUCGUGAAUACGUCCAAUCAAGCAGAGUCCAGAGAAGUAAAACCCACGAAAAAGAGCCAAGCAGUUAUUAUUCGUGAAAGUUUUAAUUAUUUGAUUGGACAAAUGCUAAGCUCGGGGACAUUGAAUAUACCACAGUGUGUGCGGCUUGGUGUGUGCAUGUGUGGGGGGACAAAUUCAACAUGAUGUUGGGGGAGAAAAAAUUUCAAAAGCUUUACUCGUGGUCCCGACAUCCUUACUCUUAUUUCAUGGUUUUGUUUCGUAGGGUUUUGGUGCUGAUAUCUGAUAAAUAAAUAUACCGAUUACUUUCUUACCUAUGAAGUAUGAAAAAAAAUCUGGGGGAGGGAGUUGAAUACGCCACUGCACAGACCCUGACAGUUUUGAUACCAGCUGAAGAUAAAGAGAUUGAUAUCAGUAUUGACCUCCUCGUGUUUAUUCAAACGAUAGAAAGGCUAUGUAUGUACAUGUAUGGGAAUGUGGCUCUGAACACGCAUCAGAUAUUAGACAGUUGAGCAUUCGGUAAGUCGCUUGGUGAUGACUUUACCGCUGGCGUUGUCAGGGGCUAACUAUUACAACUGUACACAGGGAACAUUGCAUCAUCCAGAUGGCACCACCUGAAGUCAAGUACACUCAGCUGUUCAUCAACAAUGAGUUUGUAAACUCAGUGAAUGCCAAAACCUUUCCCACAAUCAACCCGUCAACAGGGGAGAAAAUAUGCGACAUACAAGAAGGAGACAAGACUGAUGUGGAUGCUGCAGUAAAGGCUGCCAAAGUAGCCUUCAAACUUGGCUCACCAUGGCGAUCAAUGGAUGCCUCCAAAAGAGCAUUGUACCUUUUGAAGCUUGCUGAUUUGUUGGUUAGGGAUAAGGAGUAUAUUGCUUCCCUGGAGACAUUGGAUAAUGGCUUGAUUAUCAGGGGUAGCCGAAGUAAUGUUGACCGUGCUGUCGGAUUACUGCACUACUAUGCUGGAUGGGCUGACAAAAUCAAUGGAAAGACUAUUCCUAUUGAUGGCAACUUCUUUUGCUAUACUCGAUAUGAGCCCAAAGGUGUGGUUGCUGCCAUUACACCUUGGAAUGCUCCAAUUGUAGUCGCAGUUCGGAAGAUGGCUACUGCCUUGGCUUGUGGGAACACAUUUGUUCACAAACCUGCUGAGCAGACACCUCUAACAGCACUCUAUAUGGCAUCUCUUAUCAAGGAGGCUGGUUUCCCACCUGGAGUAGUCAAUGUAGUGCCUGGGUACGGACCCACAGCUGGUGCUGCACUUUCAGAGCACAUGGAUGUUGAUGUUGUCACUUUUACUGGAUCAGUUGAGGUUGGUAAAUUGAUCCAGCAAGCUUCUGGUAGGAGCAACCUGAAGCAUGUUUGUUUGGAGCUUGGUGGGAAGAGUCCAAAUGUUGUCUUCGCUGAUGCUGACUUGGACUAUGCAGUAGAAACCAGUCAUCAAGCCCUGUUUGCACAUUCCGGUCAGAUCUGUGUUGCUGGGUCUAGAACCUUUGUCCAGGAAGAUAUCUAUGAUGAAUUUGUUAAGAAGAGCGUAGAGCGAGCUAAGAAGAGGGUUGUAGGAGAUCCCUACAGUGAUAAAACUGAGUCUGGUCCUGUUAUUGAUGAAGAUCAGGUUACAAGGAUUCUGAAGUUGAUUAAAAGUGGUAAAGAACAAGGAGCUAAGCUACAUUGUGGAGGAAGUCGCUCAGACUGUAAGGGCAACUUUAUUGAAUCUACUGUGUUCUCUGAUGUGACUGAUGACAUGAUGAUUGCUAGAGAAGAGAUCUUUGGUCCAGUACAGCAGAUACUUAAAUUUAAGACAAUGGAAGAAGUAAUUGAUCGAGCGAAUAACACAACUUAUGGCCUUGCUGCAGCAGUUAUCACAAAGGACAUUGAUAAAGCGCUGACUUUGGCUAACAGUGUGCGAGCUGGAGUUGUGUGGGUGAAUACAUACAGUGUUCUAGAUCCCAGAGCUCCAUUUGGUGGUUACAAAAUGUCUGGCAUGGGCAGAGAAGGGGGAGAAGAAUCACUUCUAGAAUUCAGUGAGAUUAAAACUGUUGUUAUCAAGAUACCUCAGAAGAAUUCCUAAGAUGCAAGAACCUUUGGUGACUUCAGUCUUCCUUUCUUGAAGUUCCAAGAACUCAUCUUACAAGGAUGCUCAUCGAUGUCAAAUAGUGGCGCAAAUUUGAAAAACCUUUUACAUGUAUGCAGUUUGUGUCAACAAAAAUUGAAAACCUUUGAUUUGGCAAUCAUUCAAACCAACGUUUUAAACAGAUUCCAAGCCAAACUUUAGCUCAAGUUAGCUCUGACCACUUGACCCGCAUGCAUCAACCACUAAAACUAUACUGUGUUUAAUGUUGAACAAUACACAGCCCUAAUCUUGGUCAUAUUUUGUGGGGUGGUUUUGAUUUCCUCUAAAAGGCAGUUGAAAUUAGGUUGAAAAGAUCACAGAACACAAAUUGUUAGUGCAGUGACUUACAAAUUACCGUAUGACUUGGGGUCAAAUCUAGUUUGUUCAUGGCAUGUAAUUAGUGUUCACUACCUUCCUAUUCAGUUAGGGGCUGUCUUAAUCAUCCUGGUGUUACUCGAAAUCAAACACCAGCCCCAUUUGACUGGAAACGAAAUUUAAGUGUUUCUCCUUGAACAUCAGUAGCGUGUAUCAGUACAUGUGCCAAGCUCAACUUUUACUUGUGAAUCGGCUGUCAGCUGGGUCUCAAGAAUUUUGAAGAAGCCCCAACCAACAUUAACACUGUCAACCUGGUAGCUUGAGAAUGGAUUCUUUGCCACUGAGUUUCAAAAGCCUUCUCAGAAUGAUGAAAUCUAUUUAUUCAAAGUAAUUUUGUAACAAAAUAUUAAAUGUUGUAAUUUUGUGGUGGCUUGGGAGUGUAUUAAGUGUUAAUGGCUAGCAAAUCCAGCCCUCCUUAAACCAAUUCUUUUAAAAUUAUAUUAUGAUUACAUUAAGUGUUUGAUCUACAUAUGUGCAACUUCUAGCCACGUCUUCCUUAAGGCUAUAUAUUUUUUUCUACCUAAAAGAAGUCAAUGACUACGAAACAAUCAUUGUUUAGUAUCCAGAAUACAUUUAAAUGACACAUUUUGAAAUACCGUUACGGAAGUUGCAGUAAAGUGCAAAUUUGAUUUUGAUAUAAGUUGUGUAGUGGUACGUUCUAGAACACACUCCUUCAUUUGCCUGUUUACAGUUGCUGGAAAAAUACCUUCAUCUUGAGCCUUUCAGCUCAUAAAAUAAAUAGGGCACUUGAAAUUAAUUUUUUACACUCUUAAAAAUAAUGUACUU